AUGUCUGCAAGAUACGUUUCUAGCAAGCUCAUCAAGAAUAUCUCCAAAAGCGGUCGAACAUUAGCCGUUGAAUAUGUCGACAAAACAACGGCUUGGACUCGACCUUCUGAAUUCCCUGCUUCCUCAAUCAAACAAGACUUCACAGAUGUUGUCCAAGAGAACAUUGAUAAUUUUGGGACUGAGACAACGAGGGUCGCUAUGAAGGAGUCAGAGCAUCAGAGUGAGAAGGACAAGCGGGUGCAUUAUACGGCUUAUGCCCUUGACAAAGACGGGAACGUUGUUGAGACGAAGCAUCUCGUCAGGCACACUGGCAAGUGA